AUGGGCGGCUUUGGAGCUACCAUGGAAGGCAUGGGUGGCAUGGGUGGUUUUGGAGCACCCCCCGGCGCAAUGGCCGCCAUGGGAGGCAUAAGUUUUGCUUCUUUCAUGGGAGGCAUGGGUCCACCUCCGGCCGCCAUGGGCGGAAUGUCUUCCGGUGUGCCUCCUCACACACAUUCUCAUGAAGAUGCCGUUGAAGAUCUUGCCAACACCGUCGAAGCUUCACGUGAUGCGGUGCGUGAUGAGGAGGAGGAAGAAUCAUCUUCGGAGGAGGAAGAAUCGUCUUCCGAAGAUGAGGACGAAGACGAGGACGAGGCUUGA